AUGAGCUCCCAGAGCUUCAAAUCCUCAGCUUGCCGGAAGGACAGGGUCUUUUCACGGCGAGAGAUUGAAGGCCUCAUAGCAGAUGGCAGGCACAUCAUAAUACUGGAGGGGAAGGUGUUGAUGGUAGACGCCUGGAUAAAGUUCCAUCCUGGCGGAGACAAGUCUAUUAUGCACAUGGUUGGGAGAGAUGCUACAGAUGAGGUUACUGCCCUGCAUUCUCCAGAAGCCCUCCAACGGAUGGAUUCAUUUCAGAUUGGUCGCUAUGAAGGGCGCUGGUUGAAUUUCCUUCCUCCUAUUCAGGGUGGAAAAUUUCUCCCAUACCACGGAAAGGAGUCUGACAUCUGUGAGGCCCCCCGUGAGGAUUUGUCAGAGCCGGAUAUCACUGAACCCCCGUCGCCCAUAUUCGAACCUGUCGAGGGCAUAUCUAGACUCAGGGGACCAGCAUCCUCCAUAUCCUCCGUAUCAUCGAAUUCUCCCAUCGAGCUGCCCGAUCCUAAACGGGACUCGAGACCACUCUUCCUAGAUGCACGCACCCAGCAGGAAAUAGUCAUUGAUCUCGCGAAAUAUCCUCCUCUUGAUACCAAAACUCAAGAUUUCAUCGUAGAAAAAUACCGCGCUCUCCACGAGCAAGUCAAAGCCGAAGGUCUCUACAACUGCAACUACUUUGCAUAUUUAAUCGAACUCUCUCGCUGCACGCUUCUCGGAGCCUUGUCGCUCUACUUUCUUUUCCGCGGCUGGUACGCAACUUCUGGUCUCUUCCUAGGGCUUAUGUGGCACCAGCUCGUCUUCACCGCCCACGACGCUGGCCACAUGGGUAUAACCCACAACUUCCAUCUGGACACGGUCCUCGGUAUCAUCGUCGCUGACUUCAUCGGCGGCCUAAGUCUUGGCUGGUGGAAACGUAACCACAACGUCCACCACAUCGUCACCAACUCCCCGGAACACGACCCGGACAUCGAACAUAUGCCAUUCUUCGCCAUCUCACACCGCUUUUUCGACGGCCUCCGCUCCACCUACUACGAUCGCAUCAUGGCCUACGAUGCCGUCGCCAAAUUCCUCGUCCGCUAUCAGCACUUCCUCUACUACCCCGUACUGGCCUUCGGCCGCUUCAACCUCUACCGCCUCAGCUGGGAAUACCUUCUGCGAGGACAAGCUCCCCAAAGAGGUCCCGCCUGGUGGCACCGCUGGUUCGAAAUCGCUGGCCAACUCUUUUUCUGGACCUGGUUUGGCUACGGCGUCAUCUACCUUAACAUACCAGACUGGCCCAACCGGCUCCUGUUCAUCCUUGUCAGCCAUUCCAUCACCAUGCCACUACAUGUGCAAAUUACCCUAUCUCAUUUUGCCAUGUCCACUGCCGACCUAGGCGUGCACGAGUCCUUCCCGCAAAAGAUGCUCCGGACAACAAUGGACGUUGAUUGUCCGCAGUGGCUGGACUUUUUCCACGGGGGGUUGCAAUUUCAGGCCGUUCAUCAUUUGUUUCCGAGGAUGCCAAGACAUAAUUUGCGCAGGUCGCAAAAGCUGGUUAUGCAGUUCUGCAAGGAAGUGAAAGUUCCUUAUGCUAUUUUCACUUUUUUCGACGGGAAUAAGGAGGUUAUAGGGCGAUUAGGGGAUGUAGCGAAACAGGCUAGACUAUUGGCUGAAUGUCAGCGGAGAAUUGCUGAACAAGGCGGUGCUGGUCAUGCCCAUACCCAUUAG